AUAUUUUUCUUAUGGAGUGAAGCAAUUGAGAUAAGAUGAUGAUCACAGAAACAACCACAAAUGAAAGACACACUCCACUAACCUCAAAACAUCCUUCACCACUUUGAAAUUGAAGAUACCCUAUCAGUCACAAAUGUCACUCCUCCAACUCAAACUAACCCCUUAUCAUGCAUUAACCUCUCUCUCUCAUUCCUCUCAUAAAUUCAGACCCAACAACAGAACACUACUCCUUGCGAGAACCAAAGUUAGAGCAAUUGGCACUGUCCCUGAGAGGGAUUCACAAACCACGGACUCUAAUGACCCACCUUCUGUCGGCUUUGCAUUUGUCAGUUCUGUUUUGCUACCAGAUGGAACACCAGAUGUGCACUAUCGUUCUGCUAGUGGUGGCCAGAAGCUUAGGAACAUAAUGCUCGAUUCUAAUAUUGAACUUUAUGGACCCUAUGGCCGAAUUUUGUUAAAUUGUGCAGGGGGUGGAACUUGUGCAACGUGUAUGGUAGAGGUUCUUGAAGGAAAGGAGCUUUUGAGUCCUCGAACUGACAAAGAGAAAGAAAAACUAAAGAGGAAACCAAAGAAUUGGAGAUUAGCAUGUCAAACAACUGUGGGUGAACCAGAUUCCACUGGGGUGGUUGUGAUUCAACAACUACCCGAGUGGAAAGGACAUGAAUGGAAAUAUGAGAAGUUUGAUGAUGAGUCGGCAGAGUCUUCCUGAGGAAAAUCUUUACUGCAAAUUGUGUAGAAAAUCUUUGAUACUUGUAACUAAGUUAUAUAUCUUCUUCUUUAGAAAAUUUCAUAUUCUCAGUUUUUUCAUUACAUUAUUCAUCACAUUAAUACCAAGGUCCUUAUAUAGGAAAAGUUA